UGGCUCCAAUGUGAACAGAACACUUUUGUCAUACUUUAUUCCUCAAAGUGUCCAAAUGUCCAGACUGCACCUGAUGUGCAAUAUUUUUGGACCCUGCACAGCCAAUGCUGCUUACAACAAGGGCUGAGCUGACCUGGAAGUGAAAAUGAAUUGGGCGACUUUUUAUGCUGUGAUCAGCGGUGUAAACAGGCACUCGACAGGCAUCGGCCGCAUCUGGCUCUCCGUCAUCUUCAUCUUCCGCAUCCUGGUCCUGGUGGUGGCUGCUGAGAGCGCAUGGGGUGACGAGAAGUCUGGCUUCACCUGCAACACGCAGCAGCCAGGCUGCGACAGUGUAUGCUAUGACCAGUUCUUCCCGAUUUCUCAUAUACGCCUCUGGGCCCUGCAGCUGAUUCUGGUGUCGACACCAGCCUUGCUGGUGGCCAUGCAUGUAGCUCACCGCCGCCAUGUUGACAAAAAGAUCCUGAAGAUGUCAGGACGAGGCAGUGCCAAGGACUUUGAGCAAAUAAAGAAUCAGAAGAUCAAGAUCACUGGUGCACUUUGGUGGACCUACACGAUAAGCAUCAUUUUUCGCAUCAUUUUUGAGGUGGUGUUCUUGUACAUUUUUUACGUAAUCUACCCUGGAUUUAGAAUGGUGCGUCUUGUGAAGUGUGAUUCAUAUCCCUGCCCCAACACAGUGGACUGCUUUGUCUCUCGGCCAACAGAGAAGACCAUCUUUACUGUCUUCAUGCUGACAGUGUCUGGAGUUUGUGUCUUGCUAAACAUUGCAGAGGUUGUUUAUUUAAUAAGCAAAGCAUGUUUUCGAUACUUUCAGAGACCAGAAGGGGACCCUAAAGGACCUUGGCUGACUCAAAAGCUGUCCUCCUACAAGCAAAAUGAGAUCAAUCAGCUCAUAUCCGAGCAUUCAUUCAAGCCCAGAUUCAAUGUGGCCAGAAAGAGCCCUGUGGACAAGGGGGAGAGAUGUUCUGCCUUUUAGCCUAUACCAUCCUGGAGGAUUGUUUCACUAAUCAUCAGUAACAAGCUUAGAAUGAGGCCUCAAUAAUUCAAUCCCUCAUUCUCAUCUUCAUGCCUUUGUCCUGUUCAUUCUGGUCAUUUCACAUUUUACCACAGCUGGAAUAUUGCCCUUGUUCGGGCAAGGAGCAGUAGCAAGAGAAAAGAUGCCUUGGAUAUGGAGGGAUGCCAAUGGUAAGGGCUACAGGUAGGGAUAUUGUCCUGGGCCUAGAACAAUGGGGGGGGGGUGUAGGGGUUGCCCAGGCAACAGCAAAAAUAUCAUGGCAGAUUAGGUUGUAGAUUAACUCUUAUAAAGGGAAGUCUUCAUUCAAAUUUAGUACAUAACAUUUUUAAGUCACGAAAGGUGAAUGUGGAAUGUUUUUCUUUUUUUGUAUUUUUUCUUUCUUUUUAGGAUACAAAGAAAAAUAUAGUGUGGGCUGUCUGACAUUUUAAGGAAUAAUAUUUUCCCUGUAUAUAUUAUAUUAUAUUAUAUUUUCAAUGCACAGGCUGAAACCCAUGAAGGAGUCCUGAAAAUUCAGACACUUGAGGUUUAAGUUACAAAUGUUUUGUAUGUGUGUGUGUGUGUGUGUGUGUGUGUGUG